AUGUCCGACCAGCCUGCGCGACUCAACAUAGACAGCUUGCUGGAGAGGCUGCUUGAAGUGCGCGGCUGCCGGCCGGGAAAGAAUGUGCAGCUGUCCGAGAACGAGAUCCGCGGCCUGUGCCUGAAGGGGCGCGAGGUGUUGAUGUCGCAGCCCAUCCUGCUGGAGCUCGGGGCCCCCCUGAAGAUCUGCGGCGACACCCACGGCCAGUACUACGACCUGCUCAGGCUGUUCGAGCACGGCGGUUUCCCUCCCGAGAGCAACUACCUCUUCCUGGGAGACUACGUGGACCGGGGACGACAGUCGCUGGAGACCAUCUGCCUGCUCCUCUGCUUCAAGAUCAAGCACCGGGAGAACUUCUUCAUCCUGCGCGGUAACCACGAGUGCGCCUCCAUCAACCGCAUCUACGGCUUCUACGAUGAGUGCAAGAGGAGGUACAGCAUCAAGCUGUGGAAGACCUUUACAGACCUCUUCAACUGCUUACCAGUGGCUGCCAUUGUAGACGAGAAGAUUUUCUGCAUGCAUGGAGGUCUAAGCCCCGAUCUGCAGUCGAUGGAGCAGGUGGGGCGCAUAAUGCGGCCGACGGACGUUCCCGACCAGGGUCUGCUGUGUGACCUGCUCUGGGCCGAUCCCGACAAGGACACCGUGGGUUGGAGGGAGAACGACCGUGGGGUAUCCUUCACUUUCGGACCCGAUGUGGUCGCGAGGUUUCUGCACAAGCACGACCUCGAUCUCAUCUGCAGGGCACACCAGGUGGUGGAAGAUGGCUACGAGUUCUUCGCCAGGCGAAAACUGGUGACCAUCUUCUCGGCGCCCAACUACUGUGGCGAGUUCGACAACGCCGGUGCCUUCAUGAGUGUCGACGAGAAGCUGACGUGCUCGUUCCAGAUUCUAAAGCCUUCCGACAAGAAAAAUUUUCCUCAUGGUGGCAUUCCAGGGACAGGGGCCAAGCCAGCAUCACCAAAGCGGGGACAGGUGAGCGGGCCUUUGGUUGCAUCACGUGCUCAAUUGAACGAGCGCUCAGGAUGGGAGGCGAAGAAAAGUAAGCUCGCCAUCUUUGAAGGCAAGGAAGAGGCUGCACCAGUUUUUUUUAUUUCUGACAACGAAGAGACAACCAAGCGACACUUUGGCUGGAAGGUGACAAAAGGAGAGACAGACCAUCACCAUGGCGACAACGAACACAACUCAAUGAGCAGCAUAGGUCCUAAAGUUUUGUGA